AUGCUGUUGGGCUUUCAGUCGGCGGUCAUCGAUCGGCCGAAGCUGUACACUUUCCAUGGAGUCAUAUCAUCCACGCAAGGCUUCACCAUUGGGUCGUCACCUUGGGAUGAGAGUUGCAAGAACAAGCGAAAAGCGGCCGGUCAAACGCUGGGUCGGCCGGCGAUGAAGACAUACCGACCUAUGUUCGACUUGGAGACUUACUGCAUUAUUCGUGAUGUUGUGCGAGACAACAAGGGCGGCGAUGAGUAUCUCGAGAUCCGACCCUACCUCCAACGAUACGCCCUCAACACAACGCUGACGCUGUGCUAUGGCAUCCGCAUGGACAGUGUCUGGGACGACAUGCUUAGAGAAGUGCUGGAGGUCGGGAGUGCUAUAAGUCUGCUGAGGAGUGCGAGCGAGAAUUAUCAGGAUUAUAUCCCGAUUCUGCGGUAUCUUCCAAAUAACGAGAAGAAUCGGAGGAGCAAAAGUCUCAGAGAUCGCCGUGACAGGUAUCUGAACGCGUUGCUGGAAAAGGUCAAGGAGAUGAUCGAAAUGGGGGCCGAUAAGCCGUGUGUUUCAGCGGCGAUAUUGAAGGACGAGGAUACCAAGCUCAGUGGAGUGGAAGUGUCUUCAAUUUGUUUAUCGUUGGUAUCGGGUGGCUUCGAGACGAUUCCUGGGACGCUAACGAGUUGUAUUGGGUCCUUGUCGACGCCGGAAGGACAGCUAUUCCAGGACCGCGCGUAUGAGGAUAUCAAAAGGCGGUAUCCCAGCAUUGAAGAUGCUUGGACCACAGCGCUAGAUGCCGAGGAGGUGCCCUAUGUCAAUGCCAUCGUCAAAGAAGCGGGCCGAUACUACACUGUUUCGUCCAUGAGUCUCCCUCGCAAGGCCGCAGCAGAUAUCGACUGGGACGGAGCGAUCAUUCCAAAGGGAACAAUGAUUCUUAUCAACGCACAGGCCGCAAACCACUCGGAAGAGCAUUUUGGACCGGACGCGAAGACAUUCAACCCGGAGCGGUGGCUUUCGAGCUUGGAGCCUCCCCAAGAGGCUCCCUCGACUGGUCUACAACACCACUCCUUUGGAGCUGGGUCUCGUGCUUGCUCGGGACAGUACAUUGCCAGCCGAAUGCUUUACACUGCUCUCAUACGCUUGAUCAGCAGCUUCAAGAUUGUGGCCAGCGAAGAAGAACCGCCGAAUGUGGACUACAUCGAGUACAAUCAGUUCAAGUCGGCUUUAGUCGCCGUCCCGCGGGACUUCAAGGUCCAGAUGGUUCCAAGAGAUCCAGGGGCGUUGGAAAAAUGUCUGGCGCUUGCUGAGCAGCGGACGGAGGAUGCGUAUGCUUGA